AUGUUUCAUCCACUCGGAUCGAAUUCCGCCACCUGCAGAGGAUGGCUAAACCCCUGGUGGAAGAACCUACACUCCUUGACGGUAUCCACUCCAUCAGCUCGUCCUAGAUACCUACAAGAUAGGCUCGCGAGAGACACGGGCUGUACGUUCCGUGUUAUCGAGCCUCCCUGUGGCCGAGCACUUAAUCAACAGAGGAGAUGGUCAGGCUCAAAAAAGCCGGAUGGUCAGAUGGAAGACCCCUCUCAAAAGCCUCAAGCCGGCUCGAAAAAGUCUCCAAUCCUUUCCAGAAUUCCUCUUCCUACUCAUGAGAACAUUUACACCGUUCCCAAUAUCCUCACAUUCUCUCGUCUAGUUGCGGCUCCCUUGGUAGGCUACUUCCUCAUUCAUGAUCAUCAUGCAGCUGCACUAUCAUUAUUUGUGUAUGCUGGUCUCACGGAUCUUGUGGACGGCUAUAUUGCCCGACGGUAUAACCUUCAGACUGUCGUCGGUACCAUUAUUGAUCCAAUGGCCGAUAAACUGUUAAUGACGAUUGGUGUUGCUUGCUUGGCCGUCAAUGGUUCUAUUCCUGUAUGGCUUGCGGUUAUCAUUCUCGGUCGCGAUGUUGGUCUUGCGUUGUCUGCAAUCUACUACCGCUGGAUAUCUCUCCCCCCGCCAAAGACCAUGGCACGAUACUGGGAUUUCUCCCUUCCCUCCGCAGAGGUCAAGCCAACGGGUAUCUCCAAAGUCAACACAGCUUUGCAGCUUGUGCUUGUGGGCUCCGCGAUCGCAUUGCCUGUGAUUCCAGAGGCAGUCCUCGAUGCAUGGAGUCUCCGAGAAGGAAUGACGGCGUUGCACACGUACGACCAUAGGGUGUGGAAAACAGGGCUUCCCGUCCGCUCAGCCGUACUUAAGCCACACGCCGGCCGGUUAGUAGUUGGGUACCUCGUUGCAGCCACUACAAUCUGGUCUGGGCUCAGCUACGUCUUUUCCAAAGACGCUGUAAAGAUCCUCACUAAGGAGGAAAUACAGAAGCGCAUUGCAAGAGCCAGCGGGAAGAAGUCCUCGUGA